AUGGAUACAAGUCAGUGGGUGGUGAGUCACCAUUCCGAUCUCGAAGAUCGACCAUGGUCAAAUAUGUGCAAAAAUAAAGAAGGCUGGGGUCCCUUUUCUGAAGAAAGAGUACCAGACUUCACACCAUGUUUUGAAGAUACUGUAAUUACGUUAAUUCCACAUAUCUAUGUCCUAUUUGCUGGUAUGAUUAGAUUUUGGUUAUUAUCAAAGCGUGAAACACUAUCAUCUGACAUGGUUAAAAACUGGCAUUACUUUGCAAAGAUGACUACUCUGUUUUUGAUUUUACUAGUUACAAGCUUAAAUUUCUUCCUUUAUAUUUUAAAUGAUGGUAUAGAUUGGAUUGAUAAUGCUCAGAUUUUAUCUUUAGGCGUAUCUAUGAUAGUUUCGAUAUUUGUCAUUGGGUUGCAUCAUAUUGAAUAUACACGCAAUCGUGUUGCUUCUGGAGUAUUGUUAUUCUACUGGCUAUUUAUUAUGAUUGUGAAUGGGAUUAAACUUCGUACUUACAUUAUGAAUGGUGAUCAGUAUACGGAUCCUACUCAAUUUAAAUUCUUUGCUAUAAAUACAACUUUAUCUGUGAUCAUUUUUAUUCUGGAGAAUAUGGAAAGGCCCAAGAGUCAAUAUAUUUUGCUUGAAGAAGAUGAGCUUGAUUCUCCUGAAGAAAAAGCAAAUAUUUUUAGUAGACUCACCUUUGGCUGGAUGACUCCUUUGAUGAAAUUAGGUUAUAGAAAGCCUUUAGUUAUGGAAGAUUUAUGGAAUCUUAAAUCUGAUGAUCAAUCCGCUAUUGUGAGUGCUAAAUUUCAACAAAAUUGGGAAAAGGAGCUAAAAAAAGCAAACCCUUCCCUUUUACUCGUACUUGUUAGAACUCUAGGUGGUCCUUUUGCUUUAGCAGCUUUCUUCAAAGCACUUCAAGAUGUUUUGCAGUUUACUCAACCUAUGCUUCUUAAGCGAUUAAUGGGAUGGGUUACAAGUUAUGCAUCUGAUAAUCCUGAGCCUGCAUAUCGUGGUAUUCUAAUAGCUGUUGCUAUGUUUCUUACUGCUAUUUGUCAAACAAUGUUCCUUCAUCAAUAUUUUCAACGAUGUUUUACAACUGGUAUGCGUCUCAGAGCUGCACUUGUUACUGCUAUUUAUCAGAAGACGUUAGUAUUAAGUAACACGAGUCGUCAAAAAUCUACUGUUGGUGAAAUCGUGAACCAUAUGAGCGUUGACGCUCAAAGAUUAAUGGACUUGUGCACCUAUUUCCAUAUUGUCUGGAGUGGACCUUUUCAAAUCAUAAUUGCUUUGAUUUUCUUAUAUAAUACGAUGGGUCCUAGUAUCGGCGCAGGUGUUGCUGUUUUAAUUCUUGCAAUUCCCUUAAACACUUAUCUUGCUCGUAAAAUGCGUACUUAUCAAAAGACACAAAUGGGCAACAAAGAUUCCAGAGUUAAGCUGAUGAAUGAAAUUUUGAAUGGUAUUCGUGUCAUCAAACUCUACGCCUGGGAAACACCCUUUAUGGAAAAGAUUAGUUUUAUUCGUAAUGAUUUGGAAUUGGCUACUUUGAAAAAGAUCGGUGUUAUGUCUGCAGUUCAAAAUUUUACCUGGACAUCUAUUCCUUUCUUGGUCACUCUUUCCACUUUUACAAUUUAUGUUUUCAUUUCUGAUCAUCCUUUAACGAGCGAUAUUGCAUUUGUUGCUAUUUCUUUAUUUGGUCUCUUACAAUUCCCUAUCGUCGUCUUUCCCAAUGUUAUUACUUCUACUAUUGAAGCUUCUGUCUCUCUUUAUCGUAUUGAGAAUUAUUUAUCUUCUCAAGAAUUAGAUCCAAAUGCCGUUACGCGUUUAGACUACCGCUUUGAUCCCAAUUACAACGAAAAUACUCCAAUUGUAGAGAUCAAUAAUGGCUCCUUUAAAUGGUCUGAAGAUGAUGAAGAGCCUAUUUUGAAAGAUAUCAACCUCAAAGUUAAAAAGGGUCAAGUCACUACUAUUGUAGGUCGUGUAGGUUCCGGUAAAUCAACCAUUAUUAGCGCUUUAUUAGGUGAUACCGUAAAAAUAAAUGGCGAAGCUAUUCUACGUGGCUCCGUUGCCUAUGUUCCUCAACAACCUUGGGUUAUGAAUGCCACUCUACGUGAUAAUAUCAUUUUUGGCCAUAGAUGGGAUCCUGAGUUUUAUGAUCAUGUUCUUGAAGCUUGCUCGUUAAAGAGUGAUCUUGCCAUUUUAAGUGGUGGUGAUCUUACAGAAAUUGGUGAACGUGGUAUCAAUCUGUCUGGUGGACAAAAGGCUCGUGUUUCCUUGGCAAGAGCUAUUUACGCGCGUGCUGAUAUUUAUUUAUUAGAUGAUCCUCUUAGCGCUGUAGAUGCUCAUGUAGGCCGACAUAUUUUCGACAAUGUAAUUGGCCCUAAUGGUAUUUUGAAGAGCAAAGCUCGUGUAUUCGUGACACAUGGUAUAUCUUAUUUGCCUCACGUUGACCAAGUUGUUAUGUUACGUGAGGGUCAAAUUAUUUUGAGUGGUAAUUACUCUGAUUUAAUGAGUCAAAAAUCAGAAUUAUACUCGCUUAUUGCUGAAUUUGGUGCUCAACAAGAUAAGAGGUCAUCAGAUGAAGAAGAAGCAUCAAACAAUGAUACCAUUAAUAUAAAUGAUGAUGAAGAAGUGCUUGCAUCAGAAACUGCGUCUAUUGAAUUAAUUCCUCGAGAAGAAGAUGCUGUCUUAGGUCGCCAACGUCAACGUAUGAACAGUGAAGUAUCUAUGAUGAGCGCUAAAACUCUUCGUCGUGCCUCUCUUGUAUCGAUUGACAGAAAGAAGGGAAAACUUCAAGGAGCAGAUGAGGAUGCUCAUCGUUUGAUUACAGUUGAAGAAAGUGCUAAGGGUAGCGUUACAUGGGCAGUUUAUAAACAGUAUGCAAAGUCUUGUUCAGUAUAUGGUGUUGUUUUCAUGAUUAUUUUCAUGGUAUUUUCUCAAUUGGCACAAGUUGGUACUAAUAUUUGGUUAAAGUAUUGGUCUACUAAGAAUCAAGACUAUGGUACUAAUAAUAACGUCUGGUUUUAUCUUUCUAUUUAUGCUAUUAUUGGUUGGUCUUCUACUGUCUUUUCUAUGCUUCAAACACUUAUUCUUUGGGUCUUCUGCGCUAUUCGUUCUGCUCGUGUCUUGCAUUCAGAGAUGUUGGAAACAAUUAUUCGAUCUCCUAUGUCCUUCUUUGAUACUACACCCUUAGGUAGAAUUUUAAAUCGUUUCAGUAAAGAUCAACAUACUGUAGAUGAAGUUUUGCCUAGAUCUUUUCACAGUUAUAUCCGUGUCUUAUUUUCUGUUAUUUCAACUGUCUGUAUUAUUGCUUUCUCUACGCCUCUCUUUACGAUUGUCAUUGUACCUCUUGGUAUAAUCUAUAUUUAUAUUCAACGUUAUUAUCUUACUACCUCACGUGAAUUAAAGCGUUUAGAUUCUGUCGGUAAAAGCCCAAUUUAUUCUCACUUUCAAGAGACUAUCUCUGGUGUUUCUACGAUUCGUGCUUAUGGACAACAAAACCGAUUUAUAUUCCAAAAUGAAUGCAAAUUAGAUAAUAAUCAAAGAGCUUACUUCCCUUCUAUUUCCUGUAAUAGAUGGCUUGCUGUUCGUCUUGAAUUUUUAGGUUCCAUUAUUAUAUUUUCCGCUGCAUUGUUUGCUGCUCUUGGUAUUAUCUACGGUACCUCAUCACUUGAUGCAGGUUUAGUAGGCUUGUCUAUCUCGUAUGCUUUGAAUGUCACUCAAGCUUUGAAUUGGGUUAUUCGAUCCUAUUGUGAAAUUGAAACUAAUAUUGUUUCAGUUGAACGUAUUAAGGAGUAUAUUGAUCGCCCUACUGAAAAAUACAAUGCGGUUCGUGGAGUAAAUCCUAUGUGGCCAGAAAAGGGCUUAAUUGAAUUCCGUGAUUAUUCUACUCGCUAUCGACCCGGACUUGAUUUAGCCUUACGUGAUUUAUCUUUCACAGUAGCACCCAAGGAGAAGAUUGGUAUUGUGGGUCGUACUGGAGCUGGUAAGAGUUCUUUAAGUCUAAGUUUAUUCCGUAUUAUAGAAGCAGCAAAGGGUUCCAUUUAUAUCGAUGGUGUGGAUAUUUCUAGUUUGCGCCUAUUCGAUUUGAGAUCUCGACUUACUAUCAUUCCUCAAGAUCCUGUAUUAUUUGCUGGUACUGUUCGAGAAAAUUUAGAUCCUUUUGGCACACAUGAUGAUACUGAGCUCUGGCAGGCUUUAGAGCUAUCUCAUCUUAAGGAUCAUAUUAGUAAAAUGGAUGGCAAGUUAAAUGCUGUUGUUUUAGAAGGUGGUGAUAAUUUCUCUGUUGGUCAACGUCAAUUGAUUUGCUUGGCACGUGCACUCCUCCGUCGUACAACUGUUCUUAUUCUUGAUGAAGCUACAGCUGCCAUUGAUGUUGAAACUGAUUCUAUUAUUCAAGAUACUAUUCGUCGUCAAUUUGCCAACUGUACUAUACUUACUAUUGCCCAUAGAAUUAAUACUGUUUUAGACUCGGACAAAAUUCUUGUAUUGGAUAAAGGUAUGAUUACUGAAUUUGAUUCGCCCACUAAACUCUUGGAGAAUGAUCAAUCUGUAUUUUAUUCAAUGGCUAAGGAAGCUGGCCUUGCUAAAUAA